UGCUGCGCCACCGCCGAGUGGAGUGAGCUCACACGCACCAAUCCCCCCUCCUCCCGUUCACCCCUUGUGACCUCUUCCAUGGAACCUCGCGCGAACGGCGUCCCCUCCCUCUGCCGUGCACAGUUACGCGGUGGCCAUCCAAAAGGCCAGGGCGGCAAAGCAAAAACAUCAAUGAAGGCGUAAGAAACAGAGGUUUUGUACUGCGCUCCCCUCCCUUCCCCUUCCCCUGCGCCAUUGCCAGUUGCCAUUUGCCACCCUCGCUCGAUUAAAUCUCCCUCCAGUCCCCCACGCUCUUCCCAUUGCCACCGCCGCUCCGCUUCAAGAAGAGCAGGUCACUCACCUCCCCCAAAGCCAGCAACUGAGCCGCCGCACGCAAACAAAGGGAGGCUGCCGGAGUGGAGAGGCGCGUCGCCCCAACCAAGGCUGGCCAUGGCGCCGCCCCUUGUCGCCGGCGGCGGCCUGCUGCUCGCUGCCUUCCUGGCAUUCUCCCUCGCGGCCUCCUCGGCCAAUGCCGCCGUCUCCUACGACCACCGCUCCCUCGUCAUCAACGGCCGGCGGCGCAUCCUCAUCUCCGGCUCCAUCCACUACCCGAGAAGCACACCAGAGAUGUGGCCGGGGCUCAUCCAGAAGGCCAAGGACGGCGGCCUCGACGUCAUCCAGACCUACGUCUUCUGGAACGGCCACGAGCCGGUGAAGGGCCAGUACUACUUCAGCGACCGGUACGACCUGGUCCGGUUCGUGAAGCUGGCGAAGCAGGCCGGCCUCUACGUCCACCUCCGCAUCGGCCCCUACGUCUGCGCCGAGUGGAACUUUGGUGGCUUUCCUGUUUGGCUCAAGUAUGUGCCCGGCAUCAGCUUCAGGACAGACAAUGGCCCGUUCAAGGCAGAGAUGCAGAGGUUCGUUGAGAAGAUCGUGUCGAUGAUGAAAUCCGAGAGGCUGUUCGAAUGGCAAGGCGGUCCGAUCAUCAUGACUCAGGUGGAGAACGAGUUUGGGCCGAUGGAGUCCGUCGGGGGCAGCGGCGCCAAGCCGUAUGCGAACUGGGCCGCCAAGAUGGCCGUCGCGACCAACACCGGCGUGCCGUGGGUGAUGUGCAAGCAAGAAGACGCCCCAGACACCGUGAUUAACACUUGCAACGGCUUUUACUGUGAUUACUUCACCCCAAACAAGAAGAACAAGCCGACCAUGUGGACUGAGGCCUGGACCGGGUGGUUUACGUCGUUCGGAGGGGCGGUCCCUCACCGGCCGGUGGAGGACAUGGCCUUUGCGGUGGCCAGGUUCAUACAGAAGGGUGGCUCCUUCGUCAACUACUACAUGUACCAUGGAGGAACCAACUUUGGACGUACCGCAGGCGGUCCCUUCAUCGCAACCAGCUACGAUUACGACGCCCCGAUCGACGAAUAUGGUUUGCUUAGGCAGCCGAAAUGGGGUCACUUGAGGGACCUGCACAAGGCCAUCAAGCAGGCUGAGCCUGUGCUGGUCUCUGGUGAUCCGACUGUCCAGUCGCUAGGGAACUACGAGAAGGCAUACGUCUUCAAGUCGAAGAAUGGAGCUUGCGCCGCCGCGUUCCUGUCAAACUACCACAUGAAUGCUGCAGUGAAAGUCAGGUUCAAUGGGAGGCACUAUGAUCUCCCUGCUUGGUCCAUCAGCAUUCUUCCAGACUGCAAAACGGCGGUUUUCAACACCGCGACGGUGAAGGAACCAACACUGCUGCCAAAAAUGCAUCUGGUGGUGCGGUUCGCUUGGCAGUCGUAUAGCGAGGACACAAACUCACUCGACGGCAGCGCCUUCACGAAGAAUGGCCUGGUUGAGCAGCUAAGCAUGACAUGGGACAAGUCAGACUACCUGUGGUACACCACAUACGUCAACAUUGGUGCCAAUGAGCUCUCGAAGAACGGCCAGUGGCCUCAGCUCACCAUCUACUCUGCUGGGCACUCGAUGCAGGUCUUCGUCAACGGAAAAUCAUACGGUUCUGUUUACGGCGGUUACAACAACCCCAAGCUGACGUAUGAUGGGCAUGUGAAGAUGUGGCAAGGGAGCAACAAGAUCUCCAUCCUGAGUUCAGCAGUUGGCCUUCCUAAUGACGGGAACCAUUUCGAGAGGUGGAACGUUGGCGUCCUCGGGCCGGUGACCGUCUCCGGGCUAAAUUCGGGGAAGAGAGACCUCAGCCAUCAGAAAUGGACAUACCAGGUCGGCCUGAAAGGUGAGUCGCUGGGGCUCCACACCGUCACCGGAAGCUCCUCCGUGGAGUGGGGCGGUCCCGGUAACAGGCAGCCACUGACCUGGCAUAAGGCCUUGUUCACCGCGCCGGCGGGGAGCGACCCGGUGGCGCUGGACAUGGGGAGCAUGGGGAAAGGGCAGAUGUGGGUGAAUGGCCACCACGUCGGCCGGUACUGGUCGUACAAGGCCCCCUCCGGCGGCUGCGGCCGGUGCAGCUACGCCGGGACGUACCGCCAGGACAAGUGCCGCUCCAACUGCGGCCAACUCUCACAGAGAUGGUACCACGUGCCGCGGUCGUGGCUGAAGCCGGGCGGCAACCUGCUGGUGGUGCUGGAGGAGUACGGCGGCGACCUCGCCGGCGUCGCCAUGGCCACGAGAAGGACGACAUGAGCUCAGAAAGAUACUAGUACUACCGCCCUGCUGAUUGGUUCGUUUCAUUUCUUGAUUGAUGAUACUACAUACGUACUCCUACUCACGAGGGACGUGUCACGUGUGGAUAACAUAUUGUUCACGAGGGAAACAAACAAAUAGUGCCAAGCUAGUAGAGAUUUUCCCCGCAAAAAAAAAAGCUAGUAGAGAUUUUAGUAGAGGGCCAGGCCAGGGAGAAGGGAUGGUAUUGACUGCGCAGAGGGGAAGAGGUGGUGGUUGGCUGGCUGGCUGGUUUCGUUUCAGCCAUCAGUGCGGCUGCACCUGCAGGAAGGGGCACGUGCAGUGCAGUGCGGCUGCAAUCAAUCAGCCAGCUCAAGCUUUCUUCUUCACGUGACUCAGGGAUACCCACCGGCCACCAGUAGAGUAUAGUGCAUGGGCUGAUUCAAUUGUUUGUUACUGCUCGUGACAACCUUUUUUAGGAAAAAGUCCAUUUUAAACCCUGAACUCGUAGACGUUCGGCGAAAUGAACCCCCAAAUUGAAAUCCCGGUCGAUUGCACCCUGAACUAUGCAAUCUCGGUCUAAAUCAAACCUUUGAGUCGUUUGGAUGGCCGGGAUUGCUGGGAUUUUCGCUGAGGGCACACACAUCCACCCAGCUGGGCCGGCCCGCUUUAUUUUUUUCCGUUAAGAACUAAAAUUUCACAAAGGGCGCUACACCUUGCUUCUGCUGGGCCGGCCCACUUUUGUUUUUUGUUAAAAUAAGCACACGGUGUACCAUGAACAUGCGACCCCGUGCUGGUGCUGUUUAAAUUUUUUCAACGUAUGUAAAAAAUGUUCAAAGUAUAUUUUUAAAGAAUUCAAUGUAUUUUAAAAAUCACAUUUGUUUCCAAGAAUUGUUGAAAACUUUGAAGAAAAAAGAAAUCUGUUGCAAUACAUUGUACUUUAAAAUUGGCACUGCAAUAUAGACAUAAUGAGAAGGUAGCUAGUGUGGUUGCCGUCGCUGCUACUUAUUCACUUUUUCAAAUUUUGUUCACAAUUUUAAAUUGUUCAGUGUACAUCAAAAAAUGAUCAACGGGUAUUUAAAUGGUUUUUCAGCACAUAUCACAAAAUUGUUGCAUAAAAUUUGUUCAGAUUAUAUUACAAAAAUGCUCAAUGUAUAAAAUUUGUUCAUCGUAUAUCACAAAAAUGUAUAAUAUAUUUAAAUUAUUUCAAUGUAUAUCACAAAAAUGUUCACUGUGUUGUUAAAAAUUGGUCAUCGUACGCCUAAAAAAUGUUCAAUGUAUAUUUGAAAAUCGUUCGUCGGAUAUAAAUUUUUGUUCAUGAUAAUUGUUCACGUUUUAACAGUUUAUUUGAGUUUUAAAUUUCUUCGAGAAAACAUUGUUCAUUUAUUUGAAUGAAGAUUAAAAAAAACAGAUAUGUCGCUGACCGUACUACUUUAAAAUUACGCUGUACUAUAAUAGCAAUCCGAAUCGCUAGCUGCACCGGCUGGCGUUGCGGCUAUCCAGCGAAAGGUCGUGUGUUCGAAUCCAACCUGCGGCAGAACUUUUUAGUUCGUUACAUCUUUUCCCCGUACGUUCGCUCGUUUCCUGGCAAUGGGCCGGCCCAUUUGCGCGAGCCCUACGUGGAAGCCCACAGGAGCUCCCGUCCGCAAGCAGCAAAGAGCGACAGAAAAAUAAAGACAAUUUUUUUUGAGCAAACAAAAAAUAUGGGCUGAUCCAGCACGGAGGAGGUCCACCAGCUAGACAAAUCCAGGUUGACAUUUGUCAGGGUUUGAUUUAAACCAGGAUUGCAUAGUUCAGGGUGCAAUCGACCAGGAUUUCGACUUGGGAAUUCGUUUCGCCAAACCUCUACGAGUUCAGGGUUUAAAAUAGACUUUUUCCCUUUUUGUACUACAGAACUUGCAUUUGCGACAUAUGAGUUGCAGGUGCGGCCAGCAUUUGUCGAUGGACGUGUAGCCUGGUUUCCCCAAGGAUAAUAAAAAGUAAACAUUUGUCCAUGUCCA